GGCGCUGUGGCCUUCCAUUUUCUCCCUCUCCUAACAAGCAAUGUGGUCGAGGAACAUCACCACUUGAUGUCGGAGAUUUAAUUCUCGAUAAUUUCUGAACCCAACCCAGCCUAAUCCCUGUGGAGAGAGUUUCUGCCUCCAUGCCAGAAUAAACCCAUCGCGUGAGAUCGAUUGGCACAGCCUGAAAUGGCCCAUCACGGGAUGGAAGGCUUCGAGGAUGAAUUCAACCCCGAUUUUUAUUCCACACCCAUAUCUGAUCCGUCAUCCAAUGAGCAUCAUGUUCCCUUCGCCUCUCCCUAUGUCGGCCCGGAGGACUAUGCCUUCCAGUUCGCGAGGCCAGAAAUGCUCACCACGUCUAUGUACAACCCCCUGCAGUCGACAGGAACGUCAGCCUACGAGCCCGGGUUCGAUGAUCGCCUGUUGACCGCCACAAUGGCGGGGCAUGCCGCCUCCAGGCCCAUGGCCUUGGACGCGAAUCAUGCCUUUGCGCCCGCCUACGAGCCCUGGCAGAUGCAGCCGGGUUUGGCACCUCGGGAUCUCGCCUGGGCGCCUCCAAAUUGGGAGGACGUGUCCUACCCCAUGCCACAAGGGUUGACUCCGGGUCCGGCCGUCUUCCCUCAGUAUGCAGCCUCACGGGAGGCCACCCGCAGCGGCCCGUCGAGACCUCCGGUGCGCCGGGCUGCGGGCGCCGCCACGUCCCACCGACUGAUUCGACCGAAGCGCUCGUCGCCAGUGAAGGGUGGGUGAAUUCCAUCCCAGGGAUGCCCUGUAUGCCACCUCUCGUAAAGUGGAGCCAGACUGACGCUGUCUGCCAAGGGUCCUUGCCGUCGCGUGCAAAACCGACCGCCAGCGAGGAGGCCACCCCCUAUGCCAACAUCUACUCCCAUACUGGCUUUGACAUCAUGGGGGUCCUCGUAGGUGGUUCU